AUGUUUAUUUUAUUUUAUUUAACUAUUGCUCUUGCUAAAUUCACCAGAAUCACCUUUCCUGUUAAUGAUGUUAGAGAUAAUAUCUAUUUCCUAUAAAAAUAUGGAAUUGAUCUAGGAAAAGGUACAUUCGCUUUUAGAGCCAGAUUAACUAAACCAUUUGAUUAAUAAACUGAUGAUUAUGUCUAUUUUCGAUUCCAUAUUUUCACUGAUGAUUAUUGGCCUAUGCAAAAAAGAGAAUCUAAAUGUACUAAUAAAAGAUCAUUGGGCACUUUUUAAGAAAGAGAAAAAUUACCUUUAAAUGGAGAUUGGAGCAAUCUUAAAGAAAAAAAAAUUAAUCUCUAUUACAGAGAUAAAAUUUAUAUUGUUGCCACCUCAGAUUGUGAUGGCGAAUUAGCAAAGGUUGAAGGAUACUAUAUUGAAAUUGAAAUCACUUCUUUAAAUAAUGGAUCACAUUUCUCUUGUGAAGAUAAUGGAAUUUAAAAAUUAUAUGGAAUUCAAAUUAUUGCUAGUUUAUUUAUUGGUGCCUAUUGUUUAAAAAAAGGAAAGGAUGAUUUAUUUAUUAAAUAUGUCAUGAAAGUACUCUUUAUAGAUAUCAUUGCAGAAAUAUUAUUUCUCUUUCAUUAUACAGUUUAUUCAUAUAAUGGAAUGGGAAUCUAUUUAUUUGAUUUGUUAGGUAGCAUUUGUAACAAUGCUUCACAAUUAUUAUUUGCAUUUCAAUUUGUGGCAUUAUCUCAAGGAUGGACUAUUACAAAGUAAGAACUCAAUACUGUUUAAUUCUUUCCUUUCAUCUCUAUGGUUGUAUUAUAUUAAUCCAUUAUUAUGAUCAUUAUUAAAUAUUUUGAUGGAAGUGAAGAUAAAUAUCAUAAUUUUUAUGGAAUUGGUGGAUGGCUACUAAUGUUUUCUAAAAUUGGAUUGACUUUUCUUUAUGGAUUUGGAAUUUUCAGACUUUUCAAGUAAGUUAAAUAAUAACAAUUUAUUUUUUUAAUUGCUAUUGUUGGAAUUUUAUAUUAAAUUCAUUAUCCUGUUGUGGUCUUUAUCUCAGAAUUGUUUGUGGUACCCUAUUGGAAAAAUAGAGUUAUUACAAUGACAACCAUUCUUGUUUCACAUUUAUGCAUGGUUUUUUGUGCUUUUAUUUGCACUUCCAAAUAAACUGCAUAUUUUUAAUUGAAAAAUUAGAGUUAGACUAUAAUAUGA